UCUGUGAUUGCAACUUUGGCAAACAUCAUAUAUUUUAAUUUUCUGUGCGUCAUCAUAAAGUUACAAGCUUGGCAGCAUUUGUUAAAACUUUUUAGCCGUCAACCCUGAUUCCUUGAAAAUUAAUGUUUCCCUAAAUCAACAAAAUAUUUACUAGGAUGUCUUCUAAUGUUUUGAAUACUAAUUCACUCUGCCUGAUUUGUAAUGGGAGUUGCAUUACCUCAAGGAAUUCAAUACACAUUUUCAAAGAGGAGACUAUCACCUGUUCUGAAAAACCUUUAGUGGCUAUUUUAUCUCGAGUGUUGGACAAAGAUAUAACAGAAGAAUCUGUCCAUUCAAAACUGAUGUGUAAAAAAUGUUUCAAGUCAUUUGAUGAAUUAGAUGAUCUUGAAAUGCGGUACAAUGAAAUAAAAGGAGAACUACUAAGAAAUUAUAAACUUUCGUUUCAAAAACAUAAUUCUGAGAAUGUUGAUUUGAAAGGAAAACAUGAAAAUUCACCUGGUAAGAUGAAAAUUAUGGUCAAACAGAAUCUAAGUUCAGUGAGUGUUUCAAAGAAAAAAAUGAUUCCAGUGAAAAAUUCUCUAAAAACGCAGGGUUCGAAUAAACAAAAUUUACCUACAAUUGAAGAUAUUGAUGAAGAAUUAUUUCAAAUACAAAGGGAAAAAGAUGAUAAUGAAAUUCAAGAACAAUCAGAUCAUUCUGAAGCAGAAUUUAUUGAACUCAAUGAACACCAUGAAAUAAUUGAUACUGGAGCUUUAGAGCACAGUUCGGAUUCUGAUUAUGAACCCACUUAUGUUCAAGGAGUUAUGGAAGGUCAACAUGAAAAUAAUUUAGAAAAUCAAGUAGAUUUUGACAAAACUGAUGAUUCAAGGAAAAACAGUGUUGAAAAUUUGAAAGUGGUGAAGGAGGAGUAUGAUAUUAUUGUUUCUAAAGAUGGAAAUGAUUAUACAUGUUUAAUCUGCGAUUCUGAGCCAUUUGUUGGGGACCGUAAAACCAUAAUAACUCAUAUAAAAACGUUGCAUAAUCUGAGAUUAUAUAUUUGCGAUGUGUGUGGCUUGGAUUUCAGGAAAAGAAAUGAAUUAUCAGCUCAUCUAGAUGAACAUGUAGAGAUGGAAGAAGGGGACUUUCAAUGUGAGAUAUGUAAUAGAAUAUUCAGCAAUCUCAGGCUGUUUAGGAUACAUAAGAGGAUGCAUGCCCCUCAACAUAAGGCGUGGGAAUGCCAAGAAUGUGGAAAAAAAUACAGUUCCAAAAACCUCCUUGAUGAACAUCGAAACAUGCAUUCCGGUGUUAGACCUUAUGUGUGCGAAAAAUGUGGCAAAGAUUUUGCUUCUAAGUAUACUUUCAAGGCCCAUGAAAAAACGCACGAAGCAAGACCCAGGCCUUACCUUUGCGGACAGUGUCCGAAAACGUUUCUUAGUCAACAGAAUUUAAGCCAACACGAGCGGACGCAUUUGGGAAUCAAGGAGUACUCUUGUCACCUUUGUGGGAAGCAGUUCGGAUCUGCCCAUAAUUUGGAAGUACAUUCUAUCGUUCAUACAGGAUAUAAGCCAUUCGGAUGUAGUUUGUGCGGAAAGGCAUUCGCCAGAAAAGCGGAAAUACGAGACCACGAGAGAACCCAUACCGGAGAGAGACCUUUUCAGUGUGAGUUUUGUGGUGCGAGGUUCAGUCAACGAAGCAAUCUGCAAUCUCACAAACGUGCAACCCAUUACGAUGAUAAAAGGCACAAAUGCGAUGAAUGUGGAAAAGCUUUCAAGAGAAAACGUCUCUUGGACUACCAUUUGAAAGCAGCUCAUACAGGUGAAAGGCCUUUCAAAUGCAAUGUUUGUGAGGCGACAUUUGUUUAUCCAGAACAUUUCAAGAAACAUCGCAGAAUUCAUACAGGAGAGAAACCUUUCAUGUGUGAGGUUUGUGGAAAGGCUUUCAACAGCCGAGAUAAUCGAAACGCUCAUAGGUUCAUUCAUUCUGAUAAAAAACCUUAUGAAUGUUUGGUUUGUGGCGCAGGCUUCAUGAGAAAACCACUUCUUUACUCGCACAUGCAAUCUCAAGGUCAUUUGAAUGAUACCAUAGUGGUGAAUCAACCUCGUCUAAGCAACGAUGAUGAUCCGGUGGUGACUGUGAACGAAGAAGGGGAAAUGGAGAUAAUGGACCCUAGUGUCAAUCCUGAAGAUUCAAAGUUGUACAUUGCGGAACAUAUAUUAACAGAGGAAGAGCUGGCGGAUAGAGAAGAAGAAGGACACAUAGAACAUAUUAUAAUUGAUGGACAACAUAUAACUUUUAAAGAGGACGGCGAAGCAGAAUAUGCAACUGGUGAUUAUGAAGAAAUAAUCCAAAGCAGUUUACUUUCCCAAGGUGAAACACAAAUUGUUCAAACUGAGGAGGGUCCCAUGCAAUUAGUAAGAGUUAGAAUACCUGACGAAAACGGAGGGGAGCAAGAAGCUUGGGUGAAAUUGAUGCCGGAAUAAUGUAAAUAUGGCACUUGUAAAUAUUUAUAAGUUAAUAGAAAUGUUGAAUUUUUUGAAUUUUGUAUACAAAUUAAGAAACUCCUUUUCAAAACCAAAUAAAUUCUGACUGAAUAAGUAUUCCUAUUUAAUUUUUCGAUUAUAAUAAGCCUGACAUCUUUAAUGGUUGUAACAACAAAAAAUGUAAUAAUUGUCUGAAUAUAUUUGUUUGUUGCCUCAACUUCUUGUCUUUUUCUACUCGGUUAUUCUAACUACCUUACAUAAAAUGGUUGUUUCAAAAUAACAGAUUGCAAAAUUGCCAUGAUAAUCUAGUCCGAUCGUAUAUGAGAAUAUUACUGGACAAUGGAUGUAUUCAUUCUGUGAAAAUGUCAAAAUUUCAGGUGAAUAAACGUCUUUCUCU